GCUGCCGAGUGGAUGCCGAGUUCAGCUCCGCUUUCUGCCCCGUGGUCCCCCCCCCUCCCCAUCCGCCCAUAGCUCAGGCUCCGGCUCUGAUUCAGGACGAGACCAGAGGAUGGAUUUCCAUCACUUCACUCUUCUCUGCGGGGCUCUUGUGUUUGUUUGGGAAAUCCCCUGUUGUCAGACUCUCGCUAUUUUCCCUCCAGCUGCGCCGAAGAGCAGCAAGCUGACGCGGAUCUUUGGCAGACAGGAGGCGUCUAAGUAUUUUAAGGAGAUUUAUUCGCCACCUUCCAUCGACAGAACCAAUAAAGCAACAUCCAAGGACUCUGUUGAGCCCCAUGACUACAUGUUGUCUAUUUACAAAACCUUCUCAACAGCAGAGAGGCUGGGACUCAAUGCCAGCUUUUUCCGCUCGUCAAAGGCUGCAAACACUAUUGCAAGUUUUGUGGACAUUGGACAAGAUGACCUCCCACUCUCCCCUCUGAGGAGGCAGCAGUAUCUGUUCGACGUCUCAACCCUCUCCAAAAAAGCGGAGGUGCUGGGGGCCGAGCUCAGGAUUUACACCAAAGUGUCUGGGAAUUUCAGGAUAUCGGAAACAGAACCUGUCGACAUCCAGCUCCUCUCCUGCCACGACCACCAGCUGCUCGACUCCAGAACGCUGGACCUGCAGGAUUCCCACAGGCCGAGGUGGGAGGUUUUGGACGUCUGGGAAAUAUUCAAAGAGCAGCGGCACCUGAGCCAAGGGAAGCACUUCUGCCUGGAGCUCAGGGUCAUGCUGGACAACCCGGAGAGGGAGCUGGAUCUGCACCUCCUCGGCUUGCAUCGGCACGGCAGGCCUCAACAGAAGAAAGCCAUCUUAGUGGUGUUCACCAGGUCCAGGAAGAGGCAGACCCUCUUCAGUGAGAGGAGGGAGGGGAGGGUGUUAUUGGGGCUGGAACGGAAGGCCAAAGAGAGGGGCCCUGGUGCCAAAACCAGCAGGAGAAGGAGAACUGCCGCAUCCAAAACCCGUCAUGGUAAAAGACAUGGCAAAAAGUCGAAAUCCAGGUGCAGCAAGAAACCGCUGCAUGUUAACUUCAGAGAUCUGGGCUGGGACGACUGGAUCAUAGCCCCGCUGGAUUAUGAGGCGUACCACUGCGAGGGGGUUUGUGACUUUCCCCUACGCUCCCACCUGGAGCCCACCAACCACGCCAUCAUCCAGACUCUGAUGAAUUCAAUGAACCCCAGCAACAUGCCGCCCAGCUGCUGCGCACCGUCCAAACUCAGCCCCAUCAGCAUCCUCUACAUCGACUCAGGAAACAAUGUGGUGUACAAACAGUACGAGGACAUGGUGGUCGAGUCCUGUGGCUGCAGGUAGUCC